AUGUUGCAAGAUUUGACAGAAAGAAACAGGCAAUACCUAGCUCUCAAACAACUUAUACAGCUAAAUUUGGAGACAAAGCUUCCAAAUGGGCAAUACAGACACUUUCCUGCACCUCCAGAGAUGGGUAAAUCUUUUAGAGAUGCACUUGCUGGUUCCUUUACUGAUUAUUCGAACAGAAGCAUGGAGAAAGGAAAAGUCAUCAAAAUACCAUGGGAUCAAUCUUUUGUUCAAUCCAAUAGAGCAGUAUGGCUUAAGAUUCAUGGUGUUCUAGUCGGUUUCUGGGACUCAAAUGUUUUCCAGAUUAUUGCUGAGAAAUUCGGUAGAGUUUUGUUCCUGUUUGAGUGUUCUCUGUAUGCUAAAAACUUCUCAUUUGGUAGAAUAUGCAUCCUAACAUCAAGGAAAGAAAUAAUAAAUCUAAACAAUGUUGGUGUUUGUUGGAGAAAAAUUUCCUUCAAGGUUUGCAUUCAAGAAGAUGGAUAUUGGCAGCCCCCGUACUGCGACGAUGAUGAUAAACAAAGUGAGGAAGACGAAGACGAUAAUGAAGAUGGCGUCUCUGAUACAUAUGAAAACAACAAUGAUUCAUGUCUUGAUGAAUCUGACUCUGGAGAGGAAAUUGACCUACCGAAAUUAACAAAAACCAUGCCAGAGACGGUUGUCGGUGACGCAGCUCCGAUUGCUAAUACUAGAAUCGAAGAGUCGGGAGGUUACGAUAUUCCCAAUGAGACCUCUCACAAUCUCAAGGAUGAAAUUAAUGUCAUGAAGGAAUAUGGGAUUUAUGUGGGAAGUACCAAAAACGAUGAGGAUCCCAAUAAAACAAUCAUUGAAAGUCUUAACUUAGCCCAAGAACAUGAGCAUGAUGACAUGGACGGACCUAAAAGAAAAAAUGAUGUUUGUGUAGAGUUUCAUGGGUAUUAA